ACUGAACUGACUCAGCCCGCUGAGUCUUAUCACAAGAACAGCUAGCGUGACUUAGUGAGGGAAAACCAUCUCCAAGAAGCAUCUUUAGCAAGCUGCCACAUAGCACUAGGGAAUCUCAGCUACACUUGACAUCUCUUCAUUAAGCCAAGUGAGGAAAAGAUUCUCAGAAAUAUGAAUUACCUGGGGUUCUUGUCUGUUCUCAUCUAUGGAUUUAUGAUGCUGGAGGAAGGCGAUUGUUGGACAUAUCAUUAUUCAGAUGAAAACAAGACUUACAGUGAAGCUGAGAAUUGGUGUAAAGAACACUAUACAAACCUGGUCGCCAUUCAAAAUAAGGAGGAAAUUCACUACCUGAAUGAAACAUUACCCUUCAGUCCAAGUUAUUAUUGGAUUGGAAUCAGAAAAAAUAAUGGUGUAUGGACCUGGGUAGGAACAAAUAAACAACUGACAGAUGAGGCUACAAACUGGGCUGCGGGUGAACCAAACAACAAAAAAAAUGACGAGGACUGUGUUGAAAUCUACAUCAAAAGAGAAGUAGACUUUGGCAAGUGGAAUGAUGAAAGUUGUAUGAAGAAGAAAGUUGCCUUGUGCUAUGCAGCUUCCUGCAAGCCCUCUUCCUGCAGUGGCAAUGGUGAAUGCACUGAGACCAUUAACAGUCAUAACUGCAGCUGUUCUCCUGCAUUUUUUGGGCCAGAGUGUGAACAUGCUGUGACUUGUGCCCCAUUAAAAGCCCCUGAACAUGGGACUUUGAGUUGCAUCCAUGCAGUGGAGGGUGUGAGCUUUAGCUAUGAAUCAUACUGCCAGGUUCAGUGUGAAGAAGGUUAUGAAUCAACUGAAUUGAAAGGAGUAUCGUGUACCUCUUCUGGAAAAUGGUCUGCACCCAUGCCAACAUGUAGAGCUGUGAAAUGUGGUGCAUUGAAGGCUCCUAGUCAUGGUUCCCUCAACUGCACUCAACCAUCUGAAAGCUUAGUGUGGAAUUCCACCUGCGAGUUUGCCUGUGAAGAAGGGUUUGUGCUGAGGGGCUCAGACAAGCGGCAGUGUCGCUCUUCUGGAGAGUGGGAUGGACAGCAGCCAAAAUGCAAAGCUGUGACAUGUGAAGCAGUAAAGAUCCCUGAUAAAGGCAUUGUGAUUUGCAGCCAUCCUAAUCCAGAACUCCCUUACAACUCAACCUGUGAGUUCCACUGUGAGGAAGGCUAUGCACUAAGUGGCUCACCCAAAAUUCAGUGCACAGCACCAGGACAAUGGUCAGCGCCAUUUCCAAAGUGUGAAGCUGUGAAGUGUGGUGCAUUGAAGGCUCCUACUCAUGGUUCCCUGAACUGCACUCAGCCGUCUGAAAGCUUAGUGUGGAAUUCCACCUGUGAGUUUGCCUGUGAGAAAGGGUUUGUGUUGAGCGGCUCAGACAAGCGGCAGUGUCGCACUUCUGGAGAGUGGGAUGGACAGCAGCCAGAAUGCAAAGCUGUGGAGUGUGAAGCAGUAAAAGUGCCUGAAAAAGGCUUUGUCAGUUGUACUCGACUUGAUCCAGAACUCAUGUACAGCUUGACCUGUGAGUUCCACUGCGAGGAGGGCUAUGCACUAAGUGGAACAUCCAAAAUUCAGUGCACAGCAGAGGGGCAGUGGUCACAACCGUUCCCAAAGUGUGAAGCUGUGAAGUGUGGUGCAUUGAAGGCUCCUACUCAUGGUUCCCUGACUUGCACUCACUCAUCUGAAAGCUUAUUGUGGAAUUCCACCUGUGAGUUUGCCUGCGAGGAAGGGUUUGUGUUGAGUGGCUCAGACAAGCUGCAGUGUCGUGCUUCUGGAGAGUGGGAUGGACAGCAGCCAGAAUGCAAAGCUGUGAAGUGUGAAGCAGUAAAUAUGCCUGAUAAAGGCAUUGUGAUUUGCAGUCACCCUAAUCCAGAACUCCCUUACAACUCAACCUGUGAAUUCCAAUGUGAGGAGGGAUAUGCACUAAGUGGAUCAUCCAAAAUUCAGUGCACAGCACAGGGACAGUGGUCACAGACUUUCCCGAAGUGUGAAGUUGCACAAUGUGAAACCUUGAUUCUGCCUGAGAAGGUCUCCAUGAAUUGUUCACAUCCUAUUGGUGACUUUGCAUAUGGAACAGUCUGUGAAUUCAGCUGUACUGCGGGAUGGUUGUUAAAUGGUUCUAAUAUUCUUGAAUGUGAUGGUUCAGGAAACUGGACUUCAAGUCUGCCAACAUGUGAAGCUCCCCGAGUUCCUGAGGAAUUGGUUAGUUAUGUCACAGUUGGAAUAGCAGCAGCAAGUGCUUCGUUCCUGUCUACAGCAUCCUUCCUUAUUUGGCUUGUAAAGCGGCUUCGCAGGAAAGCAAAGAAGUUUACUCCUUCCAGUAGCUGCCAGAGCCUCAGCUCAGAAGGUACCUUUCAAAGUGCUGCUCACCUCAUAUAAGUUAAAGUGACCCAGGAACUGAAGCCACCUCUACUCGUGCCUUAAAACACCUCAGGGAGCAGAACUGCAUCAUAAUCAGGAACUGGGCCAGAGGUUGCUGCAUCUUGUUGACAGGAUGAUUUGUCUUGUAUUUGCAACUAAAUGUACUCAGUUAUCUGAUACUUUUGGAUAACAAACGAUGGAUAAAACACAGGCCUUUUACGAAGAGACUAUGCAGACCUUAGUCAGUGUACAGCUACAGGAACUAAGAGCUGUCUAUGCAGUCUCAGGAUAGAGAUCAAAUAUGCUGGUGCCCCAGGGGAGAUGCUGAAUACUUCUAAAGUCUAUGUCAAAAUACAUGGGUGGAGGGAACAAUGUGUAUUAUACCCAGCUGUCUCUCCCAUAGAGACAACUAAAUUACAUUCCUUAAAACAAACUAAUUGGGAUGGGAAAUAUUUAUUGAAUUGCUUUGUCAGUGAAUCAUUGAUCUGGUUCACUGACUAUUGUGGAAGUCAAUUUACUGUAAAUGUGUUGCAGUAGAUAAAUGUGCCUAUAACAAUAUGGUCAAAGCCUUGGAUUUCUGCUGCACAUCCUAGAAAGUUUUUUAUAUUCUAACUUUAAACAAUUGUUUAUCAGAAUACAAAUGAAGCUAUUAAUUACAGUAGAUACUAUGAUUUCUGGAUUCAGCAAAAUAGAUCUGAAAUAAUUCAUCCCUAUGGGAUUAGGUAUUGUAAUAUAUGUAAAUAUAUACUUGAUUUCUUGUGCACUUUCUUCUGUUUGUAUAACUCUGCUCUUUGAAAAAUCACAGAACCACUAUGGAAUAUUUCUUCAUGCGUAAAAAGUUGUUUUGGGUGACUUUGAAGGCAAAAGCUCAGCUGGUCUAAAUAACCCCAAUGCCAUUUAUACCAGCUGAGGAUGUGCCUCUCCAUCUUUUAAACUCCAAGGUACACUUUUUAGGAUAUCUGUGCACUAUUUAAAAAUAAACUGGAAGCAUCAGAUGAUUUUUGUAUAUAACAAGUGCAAUCUGUUUGGCUUUUAGAAGGGGUUUUAAAUUAUCAGUCUGUUUUUAAAUAAGUUAUAUAUUUAAUUUAUUUAUGGUUCCACAUCCAUGGCUGAUUUUUGUUUCAAUCUGAUAUGUGCUGUGCGCUAUCUCAUUGUGUUUAAUAAAAAGGUUUAUGAUGAA